AUGGACAACCGGGGCUCACUUGGCUCCAUCCAGAAAACUGUCUGGGACGGGCGCAUACCCUUGGAAAUCAUAUUAGCACCAUCUGAAAGUCGAACAUUUGACAAGACGGAUCCAUAUCUCAUUGCGUAUCCGCGCAUUUCAUAUUUCCCCUCGUUACUACCGAGGCUGCGGGCUUUUUUUGCCAGCUCACUAAUUGCACCUGAAUCCCAAUCCCACGAGGGCUGGUUCGAAUUCGAGGGUGUGCCUCUCAAGUGGCACUAUCCUGUUGGCCUGCUGUUUGACCUCUAUGCCGGAGCAACCCCUGCUUCCAAGACGGCGCCCAUAGGCGACGAGUCUCCCGAAGAUGCCUCAAAGAUUCCAUGGCGACUGGUUGUUCACUUCAGUAACUGGCCAGAUGAGAGCCUCGUCCGCCUGGAUGCUGAUGGGAUGGUCAUGGGCGAUGCGUUCAUAAACAGUGUGAAGGAAGCUGAUUUCCUGCGCAAUGGCACUGCGAAGGGGAUCAUGAGUCUCUCAAAAGAAGACUCAUCGGGUCUUUGGAAGGCCGUUGAAGAUGUCAAUCUUCCUUCAUUUCAGCGCAUCUCGAAUAUUCUGCUACCUCAACUUUCACAGCCUUUCCGCAAUGUACCCAUCAGAAUAUUCUUGCCACUUCCGCCAGAUGAUGAGUCUCCGUCCCUCAAGGUGGUUCAAUCACCACUCCCCCCGUCUAUACAGACACAGAGUAUGCAGUCCAGCCAGAUUUUGAGCUCGCGAUCGAGUCCAACCACCCAACCUCAAACGAUCGGCACAGUUCUGCAUACACUGCUUCCGAAUUUGUUCCCCAGCCGAAGAACCCCUGUCCUUGCAAAGCCUGUACUACAUGGUGCUGUUAUACCAAUGUCUGCUCCUAUAGAAGAGGUGGUACGGAGUUCUGCUUACGGAGAUGGGUGGGCAUACUUGGUUGUCAGAAUGAUGGGGUGA